UCACAUUUUGGUUCUUGAUCUUCUUCGAGGUCUAGUAACCUCGUAGAGACAAGAAUUCCACCAUUCAAUUCUUAAGAAGAAAAAAAAAUCUUUUUUCAAUUUUAUAAGUAGGGAUUUUGUAGUUAUUAUUUUUAUUAUAUAGUUUUGAGAAAUGGAGGUACAUUCAUCAGUUGUAGCCAAAAGACUAUGGAAUGUGUUGAGGAUCACAUUCUUUAUGAUGAGAAAGAGUCUUGUAUCAAAGAGAAAGAUGAUUAUGGACAUGAAUUUGAUGAUGAAGAAAGGGAAAGUGCUAAGAAAAUCUUUGAGCAAUCUCAUGUCAUCCCAUAAUCGUCACCACCAUCAUUCAUCGAAAAAUGGUGGUGGUUUUAUGGUACAUGAUUAUGAAUUCUCUUGUAGUAAUAGUCCAAACCCUGCUUUUUUCAACAUGUCAAAACGUAAGCACCAUUUCAGUUUUCCUUGUAUUAAUGCUCCUAAUGUUAUUGAUGAGGAACCUUUACCUUGUCAAUAUCAAUUGUCACCAAUUGAAUUUGACAUUGAAAAUGUGUCUAAGGAUGGUAAGGCUAUGGUGCCCAAGACUCCUGAAUACGCAUUCAAUUUUAAGUUUGAUUCAUCUGAAGAGAGAAAAAGCCCACUUCUCUCACCUUUUUCUGUGAGGGUCUCCAAUUACUCAGCAUUGGGGGAUAAUGAUGAGAUUGGAAAUUGUCAAGUUGACGAUGAGGCUGAGGAUUUCAUUAGAAGGUUUUAUGAGCAGCUAAGAACACAAGGCCGUAUGCAAUUGCCUGGGUUUUAAAAAAACUUUGCGGCCACAAUUUAGACGGUGAUAUCAAGGAUCCCAAAGUUAGACGCGCUACAUUUUAUCGGGACUCUACAAUAUCAAGGAUCACAACUUCACUGUAAUUAUUAUUAUUAUGAUCUCGAUUUAAAACCUUGUAAAAUUGGUAGUUACUACAAUGCCAAGAGAAGAGAUGUAAAGACAAAUUGAAUAAUGAUAUAUAAACUCCCUAUCUGCAUUUCUGAAUGCUGAUAAACAUUGAUCAACUAGCUUCUUGUAUAGCAUCUCUAAGAAUAUGUUCUUUAAAAUUUUACAUUUUAUUUUGUGCAUGUUUAAAUUGUGUUGUACUGUUUAUGAUGCAUAGUCAAUUUUCAUGCGAGUUCGUCUA